AUGCCUCGCCGCCGCCGCUCGCGCGCACGACGGGCGACGGCCGGACCGUCAUCAUCAGCCGCGCGCGGCACGUCCACAUCAGCCUCGACUGCUACGGCAGUGCUGGACACGGCGAGCCCGAGUCGGAAGCGGCGACGAUCGGCGUCUCCGGCCCGGCCGGUACGGGCGGCGCCUGGCAAGACGGCGCCUGCGGCGACAGUCCCGACACGAGUCCGCAUCCCGUGCAAGCCGAUCGCCGACGUGGCCGGCUACCUCGCCGAGACCCGGAAGAAGGAGGCAGCGCUCGCACGGUUCCGCGAUGGUGGAGAGGUGGCGGCGGAGCGUUCGCUCCGGAUCGAGAUCCGCAACCGCUAUGCCAAUGUCCUCCUCCUCACUGCCGGCGAGGCAAGCCUGGCGGCGCCGCCGGCGGCCGAGCAGCGGAUCUGGACCGCCGUCUACUACUCGGGCAUCGAGCGGUUGCGGGGUGCAGUCAAGGCGCGUCCGGCAUGCGCUGUCACUCGUGCCGCCCUCGAUGAGUUGCUUGACGAGGCCGGUGCCUUUUACGCCGCACUCGCCCACAGGCUCACCCGCAAGUUUCGCCUCGACAGGCGGCGCCUGUCGCCUGCAGCAUCCGCGGCGUCUGCCGGUUCCGCCGCCGCCACCACAGCAGCAGCAGCAGCAGCAGUCGCUCGCUGCCACCUCCACGCCGGCGACGUUUCCCGCUACCGCCAGCUGGUCCGCCCGCGUAGCAUGCGUGUGUGGGACGGUGCCAGUGCCGCGUACCACGCUGCGCUGGCCGCCGCUCCUGGCCUUGGCGCCGCCCACAACCAGCUCGCCGUCCUCGCCACCUACGCCCGCGACCCGCUCACUGCACUCUACCGCUAUGUCCGCGCGCUUGCGGCGCCGCUCCCGUUUCCCUCGGUCACCGACAACAUUGCCCUACUGCUGGAGCACUCGAUCAAGCGCGGCGCGGCGGCGGCGGCCGCACGGCCGGCUGCCGCCGCUGGACCUCGCUCGGGCCUCCCGCCGCCGACCUGGCGAUCGUCGACUGCCGCGCUCCGUUUUGUCUGCGUCCACGCUGCCAUCCUUGCUUCCCCGUCCCCUACCGACGUCCCGGAUUUGGCACCAUCGCUGCACCAGCGCGGCGGGCUUGGGCUCGGCGACAACGAUGCGGCCGCUCGCUGCACUGCGCUACACCUUGCGGUCGUUUGUGUUUACACCGCCCACGCCUGGCGCGCUGGCACUGCGCCGCCGUUUGCCAUUGUCCUCGUGCUCCACCUUCUCACCGACUUUCUCGACGCCAUAUUUACCCAUCAGUGUGCAGCGGCCGUGACCGGUGCAUGCAUUGUUGCCGGUUGGCUCCACGCCGCCGCCAGCCGCGUCCACGCUCUCGGCGCGUCGGACGAGACUAUCGCUGCCGCGCUCCACACCGCUGUCGCCCGGGCCGCUGAGGCCCUUGCGGCGCUCCGCGAUAGCGAGCGAGGCUUACCCAGCGCGCCCGGAAACGUGCUGGAGGAGGACAUUGAGCUCCGCGGCUUUCAACCCUGGGAGGCACGCCUGGAUCCGCCGUUGAGCGGCUCGGCAACCAUCGCCGACGCUGCGACCGGCGACGCCGCCGCCGCCACCCGCCAGGCCCGACUGGCGGCGGCACUCGAGGGCUUCAUCACCCAGGCCCCGCCGGUCGUCGCCCUCGCAGCCGACGCCGAGCUCUGA